UUGCUAGUGAGGCUUAGAAAAACAAUGAUCUUUCCCCUUAUUAAAUUUUAACAGCAAGUCAAAGACACACAGUUUUGGACUGGGGUGUAUGAAGUGAUGGCAGGGAAGCAAGCAAGUGUGCUCGUGCAGUACAUUGCCGUGCGAGGAGACUUGGCGGAGAAGUGGCCAAUGGGUGCUAUAAUAGCUCAGGCCUGUCAUGCGGCCACUGCUGUCAUGCAUGUCUUCAAAGACGAUCCCAACACUGUACAGUACCUCAGCGACCUGGAUCGAAUGCACAAAAUUAUCCUCAAGGUGCCUAAUGAGGGUGAGCUGAAUGCACUUGUCAGUGUACUGGAGAGCAACAAUAAAGACUUCAAGUUAUGGGUAGAGCAGCCCGAGAACUACCCAACUUGCCUGGCAACCAAGCCUUAUAUCAAAACUGAGAUACAAGACUAUUUUAAGAAGUUUAAACUCUUGAAAUAAACAUUCAAUGUUACAUGCAACAGUAUAUACCUAUGUUUAAUAGUUGAAAUGUGUUUCUGAUCAGCCACCCCCUAAAUUUAUUUUUUUCUGUAUUACAGUUUCUCAUGAAAAUUGUAAAGGAAAGAUUG